AUGGCCACCUCUGCCCCCCAGACCCUGAUUCGCCGCCGCUCGACCGACCUCACGAGCCCCCCGAGCCCCCCCGGCCUGACACCAACCAUUGUCAAUGCAAAGUCAAAGAGGAGACACUACUAUAAGCUUGCAAUUGCAAAGCCCGCAGCGGACACCAACAACUCCCACAACAACAACAACAACAACAACAACAACAACAACAACAACAACAAUAACAACAACAAUAACAACAACAAUAACAACACCGACACCAACAGCAAUAACAGCCAGGACGUGGACAGCAACGCGGACAGCAACCAUAAUAGCAACAAUGACCAGUACAUCAACACUGACAAUGAUGUCGCAGCCCUGUUAACAUACCAGAAACAUGCCUGCAUGAACAAAUACCUGACAAGGAAGUUCUGGUGCCAGAAUAAGAUCUGCUUGCUCAAGAACUUUGCUCUAGUCCCAGCAUCUGAGAUGCUGAGACAUUAUGUACAGCCAAGCUUUGAGGCACAGCACAGCCUGAGCUGA